AUCACAUCUAUAAUUUCUCAGAGAGAGAGAGAGAGAGAGAGACUAAAAGAAGGAAAGAAAGAACACAAAGCUGGCUAGCUUCCCUAGAUUGCCCUUGACCUUGACAAACCCAAACCCUACCCAAGUUAAUUUAACCCCAAAAAAAACCCAAACUGUUAAUUUUAUUCUUCCCCAUUUGAUCGUUUAUAUAUCUUGGUCGCACCUGACCAGAUUUCUCUUACACUUCUCUUGUUACCUUACUUAGCCAGCUAGGGCCCUCUCAAUUUUCUUUCCCAUUUCUUUACCCUACCUCUUCAAGCUGUUCUUAUAUAUCUACACACACACACAUACAUAUACAUAUAUAUAUAUAUAUAUAUGUCUAUAUAUAUCUAGGUUUCCUGUUUAUACACAGACACUUUCUUUAUAUAAUCAACCAGCUUAAUUAUAUUACUUGUGCCUAUAUCUUUUCCUUUAUUUUAUAAAUUUAUAUAUUACUAUAAUACCUUCAUCCUUCCCUCCUCCUUUUUUUUUGUUUUUAUUUUUCAUUUUUUGAAUCGAUCAUGGCGAACCGGUGGUGGACUGGACAUGUAGGUCUACCGGGAGGAGGAGUAGUGAACGAAACCUCAGCUGUAGCAGCCGCCGGAAGCUCCCCCAUGAAAAACAUCAUCAAACCAGAUCUGGGAAUCUCCAUGAACAACACCGGAACCAGCAGCCUUGGAGGAUCCGGCGGGGAUGAAGAUGAUAACAACAGCGACGACCCCAAGGAAGGAGCCAUCGAAGUCGCCACGAGACGACCCAGAGGCCGUCCGCCUGGCUCCAAAAACAAGCCCAAACCCCCAAUCUUUGUGACUAGAGACAGCCCUAACGCUCUCCGCAGCCACGUCAUGGAGAUAUCCAACGGGGCCGACAUCGCUAGCAGCGUAGCCCAGUUCGCCAGGAGAAGGCAGCGUGGCGUCUGUGUCAUGAGUGGGAGUGGCACCGUCACCAACGUCACGCUCAGGCAGCCGUCCGCGCCCGGCGCAGUCAUGGCGCUUCACGGGAGGUUCGAGAUUUUGUCCUUGACUGGGGCGUUUUUGCCUGGCCCUGCACCGCCUGGGUCGACUGGAAUGACCAUAUACUUGGCAGGCGGGCAAGGCCAGGUUGUUGGAGGAAGCGUGGUGGGACCCCUUGUGGCUUCAGGGCCCGUGAUGGUGAUCGCAGCGACGUUUACAAAUGCGACGUAUGAGAGGUUGCCGUUGGAGGAGGAAGAAGAGCAAGCAGGAGGGGGUACUAGUUCGGGGACUGCGGCAGGAGGUGUGGGGUCGCCGCCAGGAAUUGGCGGUGGUGGGAUGGGAGACCCGGCGGCGUUGGCAGGGGUUUAUAAUAUUCCACCGAAUUUGCUUCCGAAUGGAGGAGGGCAGACACAGUUGAGCCACGAUCAGCAGGCAGCUUAUUCAUCUUGGGCUCAUGGUCAAGGUGGUGGUAGGCCUCCUUUUUAAAAGUUAAUUACUUAAUAAAAUUAGGGUUUAUGGACAAUUAAUUCGGAAUAAAAAUGAGACGUGAGUGCUUACUAGUAGUACUACUACUCUUUCAUAUUAACUUAACUUUAUAGGAGGAAUUAAACUGGAAAUCAUUAAGGUACUUAAGCUUCCUUAAUUUAUGUUGUGCUUUGUACUUGGUAGAAAUGAAUUAUAGAAGAUGAGAAGCGUUGAGCAGUGGAUUA